AUGAUGCACUUGCCGAGUACAGCAUCCACGCGUUCAUCUCGAGUAAAUCACGUCUUAAUAACGUCGAGUUCGACGAGCCAACCCUCGGAAGCAUCAAAGCCCUCUAAUACAUCCACCUUCAAUGCCGCACAGGCACUGACACAUUCUGGCUGGCAAGGCGAGGGGCUGUCCACGUCACCAGGCGAGAUAUCUAUUCAGAGCGUCUCGAGUACGUACGGCAAGCUCGACGAAGAGAAGUUGUCGCUGCGGCAUGCCUAUUUUGGGCAGGAUAGCCCGACUACCACCUACUGGGAGGAGCCAUGUGCAGCCAAAGACCAAGGCGAGCUGAGCCACGGAAUAGGGGUGGUUGCACAGCCGUUGCUGAGGAAUGCCGGGUUGAAAGGCGUAUUCCAGCCCACAUCAGCGAGUGUGGGAGUGGGGAUUGGGGAAUUGCCGGAGACACAUGCCCAUGUCGGUUACCGACGGCAUGCUCCGCUGCAGGCCGUGAGGGAGUGGAAUGAAUAUAUCAAGUCAUAA